CUCUAAAUAAACUCAAGUGGAUAAUUAUAAUUUACACAUCGAUUGAAAAGGGGAGGAAAUUAUAUGAAAAGGUAUGAAAUCAAUUCUCUAACAUUGUUUAUAUCAUUUGAAUUUCCAUCACUUGUUUAUGUUCAUCAUUUUACUUGAUAAAUUUUAUUGCUCAAAAUUAAGUAAGUUAGUAAACCAGUACUCAACUCAUUCAAUCCCAGAGGACGAUAUUUUGUUACUACAAUUACGAUUGGUACACUUGCCAAAUGUAUAUCAGUGUCCAUUUAAGUUGAGGGGUAAACCUAAAGGACACAGUUGGGUGUUAAAGGUUAUGUGUGGUUAUCACAACCAUGAAUUAGCCGAGACUUUGGUCGGUCAUCCUUAUGCGGGGAGGUUAAAUGCUGCUGAACAGUCAAUUCUUAUUGACAUGACUAAGAGUCAAGUUAAACCCGCAAAUAUUCUUUUGACUCUUAAAGAACAUAAUGAAGAUAACGUGACAACUAUAAAACAAAUAUAUAACGCGAGAUACACUUACAAACGAUCUUUGAGAGGGUCGAGAACUGAAAUGCAACAGUUGAUGAUGUUGUUAGAUAAAGACAAAUACAUCCAACAUAGUAGAUGUUUGGAAGAUUCUGACGAAGUAAGUGACCUAUUUUGGACACAUCCUGAUUCAGCGCACCUGGUCAAUUCAUUUAAUAUUGUGUUCUUAAUGGAUACGACGUACAAGACAAACAAAUAUCGUCUUCCGUUGCUUGAGAUCGUUGGAGUCACGUCCACUGGUUUGACAUUCACAACCGCUUUUGCAUUGCUUUCAAGUGAACGCCAAAAUAAUUUCACUUGGGCAUUGGAAAUGUUUAGACGAUUACUAUUGACAACAGAGGGCGGUCCACGAGUUGUUGUCACUGAUAGAGACAUUGCUUUGAUAAAUGCCAUUACCAAUGUCUUCCCUAAGACAUAUCGUAUGCUUUGUACAUUCCACAUUAUGAAGAAUGUGAAAGCGAAAUGCAAGAUGUUAGUGGAUAAUGCUGAGGCAUGAGAUGGGUUGAUGGAACUAUGGCAAAAUGUGAUGGAUUGUGACAACCAAUCCAAUACGAGACACGAAUCAAUGUCCCACUCUUAUUAGUAAAAAUUGUGCAUCCAAGCAGAUGCAACA